UCUGGCUCAGAGAAACUUUCAGCUGUUUUCCACAGCAGCACAGAGAAGAUGACAUUCUACACAAGACGUUUAGGUGCCGGUGCCUUUGGCAGUGUGUACAAGACACAGUACAAUGGAAAAUGGGCAGCGGUCAAGAAGAUGGCAAAGCAUCUCAUCACUGAGAAACACAUUGAGAGAGAGUGGAGAAUAUGCCAGGAUGUUAAUCAUAAUAACGUGGUGAAGAUCUUGGGGAGGCCAUGGCCAGCAGAGUCAAUGUGGCAUAUUCCUUUGGAGUUAAUCAAUGGAGAGACAUUGGAGGUGGCAGUAUUUCACAGAAGAAAAUCCAACAUACAGCUGUCAAUCACAAAUAAAGCAACAAUCGUCACAGGGAUGUGUGAGGGACUGCACUACCUCCACAAGAAGAGCAUUGUGCACCAGGACCUCAAACCUGACAACAUCAUGGUUGAAUACAGCACUCUCAGAGCUGUCAUCAUUGAUUUGGGGCUGGCCAAAUUCUACCAAGGUGGCUAUACUUCUGCUACUGACAUGGGAAACGAAGCAUACUCAGCCCCUGAAAUAUUCCAUGGAGAGCCUCGAGACAUGCGCUCUGACGUCUGGGCCAUGGGUAAAAUCAUUGCCGAGGUUCUGCUCGACUGUAGACUCCCCACAAGAGAACUCUCCUCCGCCAUUAUCCAGGAGCAUCUGUAUGAGCAUCCGUACUGUGAGCCUGUUGCUAACAUGGUUGAUGGAAGUCGGAUUCAGAGGGCGAAGAUGGUUGAUGUGAUUGGGGCCAUAAGGGCUGCAGGCCAGGGCUUUAAUAAGGGGAGUAGGGGAGAUGCACCAUUACCUCUUGUAAGAGUGAAUUCAAAUGAGAAUGUGUUCCCACAUUUUUCCACUGCGCUUGGUCUCGAUAUCCCAUUCCCCAUACCCUCUACAGGUACAGUAGAGCACAGUGAGGUAGAAGCACAUGGUGCUAACGGGUUUACAUUUACCCAAGCAAGGAUGAAAGAUGGAAAGCUUCAGAAAUUAAUCAGGACAACUUUUAAUCCCUGAGUGUAGUGGAAGAGGAAUGGGCACAUAUUACGUUUCUGCAGUGUUUAGAUAACAAGCCCAACUCCUUACCCAUUAUUCUACAGUCAGUCAGCUUACAUCCAUCAACGUUGAGUAAAUAUAAUUCAAUAUAUAACUUUUAAACUGUGUUUCUCCUGUCAUCAUUGUACUCUUUUUUUCCUGUCUUAAUCAGAAAAUGGAGGAAAUAAAUUAUAAUAGUACCUACAUACAUACGUUUUGUUAUAGAUGAAGUAUGUACUUGAAGUUUUUACUAAUAUAACUGAUAUUAGUAUUUUAUGAAUAUAGUUACUAAUCAAUAAUUGUACUAAUAAACUAAUCAUUUCAAAUGAUAACUAAUACAGUAGUCUAUGCAGAGGGAGCCUGAGCGUGGCCAGACAGUUCUGUCCAAGCUCUCUCAGACGGAGGGGAGACCGUUCUGUCCAAGCUCUCUCAGACGGAGGGGAGACCGUUCUGUCCAAGCUCUCUCAGACGGAGGGGAGACCAGGGACGAUUGAAUCACGUUUUGCUCAACAAUACAUAACAUUGGAGCAAAACAAGUUACGCAUGUAAUGUUUAUGCUAGAGAGCUCUCAUACUUUAAUAUAAGCUCCCCGUAUUUGGUAUGUUACAAAUACUAGUCGUUAAGACAUCAUCUACAAUAUCAACAUUUUAAAUCUAAAAAUAUACCAAAUGUCCCCAGGCAGCCAUUACAUAGCCAGCUAUUUUGGCAUGCAUGUUUGAAGCUAGCAUGAAACAUCAUGAUUCGAGAAACUGCUCCUUACUGCCAUACCAGUUAAACCAUUUUACCUACAAUUCUGACUGCUAAACAAAAACUAGAUGAGAUGAGAAUUAUUCCUUCUGUACCCCAAAAUCAGUUUCAUUUUUUCUUAGAACACCCAAUUUUUAAAUUCAAAAUGUGACAACAAACCCAUUGUUUAAACCAUCCCCGGUGUCCCCUAAUGAAACUGACAUUAUUAAUCGUUUGUGGAAUUUAGCUGGGCAUAACAAUUGACGAUUUGCCAAUAAUCUGAGUGCUUAAUGGAAAUUCCAGAGGGGCUGGCCCUCUGUGAAACUUGGACUCAUGUGAGCUAACUCCCCUUCUGCAGAAUAAAGAACUGAAUAUUUACA